AUGUCUUCAUAUCCCUUCAGUCAUUCCUCUCAUUUUGUUGAACUGUUGAACAAUCAACAAGAGAGUGCAGCUUCUUACCCUUGUAUGGCACUUGGAUCAUCACAGCCUCCAUUCUUCUGCUCACAAACGCUCCAUGGAGAUGCAAGCUGCGGAGAAGACAAGGAGAAGGAAAGAACAGCAAGGAAGCAGUGGACGCCGAGUGAUGACAUUCUUCUCAUAAGCUCCUGGCUCAAUACCUCUAAAGAUCCGGUGGUCUCCAACGAGCAGAAGAGUGCAACAAGGGAGAGAACUAGUGGCCAAAACGAGAAUGAUGUUCUCAAGAUGGCACACGAGAUAUACUUCAAUGAUAAUAAGAAGAAGUUUAUUUUAGAGCACGCCUGGAAAGAGCUUCGUAACGAUCAAAAAUGGUGUGAGCAAAGAACUUCUAAAACUGGUGGAGGCUCUAAAAAACGUCGAUGUGAAGAUGGAGCUCCUUCGCCAAACUCAUUCGCAGAGCCAGAUGAACCUGAACCCGUUUUGAGGCCUCCUGGUGUAAAGGCAGCAAAAGCCAAAGGGAAGAAGUUUGUGCUUGAUGCCAAUGCUGUGGGUCAUUUCCAAGAUAUGUGGAGCAUAAAAGAGAAGGAGUUUGACAGAAAAGAGAAGGAGAUGGACAGAAAAGAGAGACUCUCAAAGAUGUCAUUACUUAACAGUUUAAUCGCCAAGAAAGAGCCCCUCACUGAGUUUGAAGAAGCCCUGAAGCAAAAGCUGACCAUUGAGCUGUUGAAUAUUUAG